GUUCUCCAGAGCUGUUUUGUUGCCUGCUAGAGGGGAUAGUGGUGAAAAUGGCGACGUCUCGUCGCGCUGUCCAACAGCAGCAGCAACAAAACUUCUCGUCCCCUCCGAGAGUUACUCCGAGUCCGCUCACUCCGCCAGGUUCUCUCCCGGCGAGCGGCGUUCCUGCGGUAUCAGCUCCAGCAGGAGCGGAGCAGCAGGAGAGUGUCGCGGAUCCGGAGGCCAGUCCGGCCUCCCCCGACAUCCCCGCUGCUCUCCUCAGCAGCAGCGGCAGCAGCAGCUCCUCCACCACCACCAGCACCUCUACGCCUGGCGGGGCCAGCAGUGGCGGCUCCAGUCCUGACUCGGGCGGCCCCAGUCCCGCCGGCGGUGGAGGAGGCGGCGGCUGCGGGACUAGCGGCGCUUUUAGGGAGCUUUUCGAGGCCUGCCGUAAUGGAGACGUGUCUCGGGUAAAGAGGCUGGUGGAUUCGGUCAACGUUAACGCGAAGGACAUGGCUGGACGCAAAUCCACUCCGCUUCAUUUUGCUGCGGGUUUUGGGAGGAAAGACGUAGUGGAGCAUCUUCUACAGACAGGGGCAAAUGUGCAUGCCCGAGAUGAUGGUGGUUUGAUCCCCCUCCACAACGCCUGUUCUUUUGGCCAUGCUGAAGUGGUCAGCUUGCUGCUGUGCCAAGGAGCUGACCCCAACGCUAGAGACAACUGGAACUACACCCCACUACAUGAGGCUGCCAUAAAGGGCAAAAUUGAUGUGUGCAUCGUGCUGCUCCAACACGGUGCUGACCCAAACAUCCGCAACACUGAUGGCAAGUCCGCCCUGGACCUCGCUGACCCUUCCGCCAAAGCCGUCCUGACUGGCGAGUACAAGAAGGACGAACUCCUGGAAGCAGCGAGGAGCGGAAAUGAAGAGAAGCUCAUGGCCUUGCUCACCCCGCUGAACGUCAACUGCCACGCCAGUGACGGCCGCAAGUCAACUCCAUUGCAUCUGGCAGCAGGAUACAACAGAGUCAGAAUCGUCCAGCUCCUCCUCCAGCAUGGUGCAGAUGUGCAUGCAAAAGACAAAGGUGGCCUUGUUCCUCUCCACAAUGCUUGCUCCUAUGGUCACUACGAGGUUACAGAGCUGCUGCUGAAGCACGGCGCAUGUGUGAAUGCCAUGGACUUGUGGCAGUUCACCCCACUGCACGAGGCUGCGUCGAAGAACCGUGUGGAGGUGUGCUCACUUCUCCUCAGCCACGGAGCAGACCCUACCUUGGUCAACUGUCAUGGGAAGAGUGCUGUGGAUAUGGCUCCAACCCCAGAGCUAAAAGAGAGACUGACCUAUGAGUUCAAGGGCCAUUCCUUGCUCCAGGCUGCACGUGAGGCUGAUAUGGCCAAAGUGAAGAAGACCUUGGCUCUGGAGAUCAUCAACUUUAAGCACCCGCAGACCCACGAGACAGCAUUGCAUUGUGCAGUUGCCUCGCCACACCCCAAGAGAAAGCAGGUGACAGAGUUGCUGCUGCGUAAAGGAGCCAAUGUUAAUGAGAAGAAUAAAGAUUUCAUGACACCUCUGCAUGUGGCAGCUGAGAGGGCUCAUAACGACAUUCUGGAGGUGCUGCAGAAACACGGGGCCAAGAUGAAUGCAGUGGACACUCUAGGGCAGACAGCAUUGCACAGGGCAGCCCUCGCUGGCCAUCUCCAGACAUGUCGACUGCUGCUGAGUUACGGAGCAGAUCCCGCCAUCAUCUCUCUGCAGGGGUUCACCGCCGCACAGAUGGGCAACGAGGCUGUCCAGCAGAUCCUCAACGAAAACAUUCCAGUGAGAAACUCUGAUGUGGACUACAGACUUUUAGAGGCAGCUAAAGCAGGAGACCUGGACACUGUGAAGCAACUGUGCUCUCCUCAGAAUGUGAACUGCAGGGACCUGGAAGGUCGUCACUCAACACCACUACACUUUGCAGCAGGUUAUAACCGCGUGGCUGUGGUUGAGUAUUUGCUGCAUCAUGGGGCUGACGUCCACGCAAAAGACAAAGGAGGACUGGUGCCACUGCACAAUGCUUGCUCUUACGGUCACUAUGAGGUGGCUGAGCUGCUGGUCAGACACGGCGCAUCAGUCAACGUGGCUGACUUGUGGAAGUUCACCCCAUUGCACGAGGCUGCAGCCAAGGGCAAAUACGAGAUCUGCAAACUGCUUCUGAAGCAUGGGGCUGACCCCACUAAGAAGAACCGUGACGGGAACACGCCACUGGACAUGGUGAAGGAAGGAGACACAGACAUCCAGGACCUGCUUAGAGGGGAUGCAGCUCUGCUUGAUGCGGCUAAGAAAGGCUGCCUUGCCCGAGUGCAAAAACUCUGCAGCCCUGAGAACAUCAACUGCAGAGACACACAGGGACGCAACUCCACCCCUCUACAUCUGGCAGCUGGUUAUAAUAAUCUGGAGGUAGCAGAGUAUCUUCUGGAGCAUGGGGCAGACGUGAAUGCGCAGGACAAGGGCGGCCUCAUUCCCCUUCACAACGCAGCUUCAUACGGGCAUGUGGACAUAGCAGCACUGCUGAUUAAGUACAACACCUGCGUGAAUGCAACGGAUAAGUGGGCGUUCACUCCUCUGCACGAGGCAGCACAGAAAGGCCGCACCCAGCUGUGUGCGCUGCUGCUGGCCCACGGAGCCGAUCCCACCAUGAAGAACCAAGAGGGCCAGACACCACUUGACCUCGCUACGGCUGACGAUAUCAGAGCGCUGCUGAUUGACGCCAUGCCUCCCGAUGCCCUGCCUAGCUGCUUUAAGCCCCAGGCCACUGUGGUCAGUGCUGCAGUCAUCUCCCCUGCAUCUACACCCUCCUGCCUGUCAGCCGCCAGCAGCAUCGAUAACCUGGCCGGGCCUCUGUCUGAGCUGGCUGCGACUGGUGCCUCAGGGCCUGCCAAUGGGGCCACUGCGGCUGAGAGGAAAGAAGGAGAGAUUACUAUCCUGGAUAUGAACAUCAGCCAGUUCCUGAAGAGUCUGGGGCUUGAGCAUCUGCGAGAUAUUUUUGAGCGGGAACAGAUCACCUUGGAUGUUCUGGCUGACAUGGGCCACGAGGAGCUGAAGGAAAUCGGCAUCAAUGCAUACGGCCACCGCCACAAGCUUAUCAAAGGCAUCGAGAGACUGCUGGGCGGUCAGCAAGGUGCCAACCCAUACCUGACAUUCCAUUGUGCGAGUCAGGGCACAGUCCUGAUCGACCUGGCCCCUGAUGAUAAGGAAUUUCAGUCUGUGGAGGAGGAGCUGCAGAGCACGAUCAGAGAGCACAGGGAUGGAGGCAAUGCGGGUGGAGUCUUCAGCAGGUACAACAUCCUGAAGAUCCAGAAGGUGGUAAACAAGAAGCUGAGGGAGAGGUAUUCACACAGGCAGAAGGAGAUCGCAGACGAGAACCAUAAUCAUCAUAACGAGAGAAUGUUAUUCCACGGGUCUCCCUUCAUUAACGCUAUAAUCCACAAAGGCUUUGACGAGAGACAUGCAUAUAUAGGAGGCAUGUUUGGAGCAGGGAUCUACUUUGCAGAGAACUCCUCCAAGAGCAACCAGUAUGUUUACGGCAUCGGUGGCGGCACCGGCUGCCCCACGCACAAGGACCGCUCCUGCUACAUCUGCCACAGGCAAAUGCUGUUCUGUCGAGUGACCCUAGGCAAAUCCUUCCUACAGUUCAGUGCCAUGAAAAUGGCCCACGCUCCUCCUGGGCACCACUCGGUCAUCGGCCGCCCCAGUGUCAAUGGGCUGGCCUAUGCAGAAUACGUCAUCUACAGAGGGGAACAGGCCUACCCAGAGUACCUCAUCACAUACCAGAUAGUGAAGCCGGAGAGCACAGCGCAGCCCCCAGCAGCAGCCGAGCAGAAGUCUUAGUGUACCCCCCUCCACCUCAUGCCCCCGUCCCCACCAGCCUCACCUCUGUCUGCUGCGGCCUCCCGCACACUGCUCAGACUGUUACUCAAACACUUCACACACAUUACGGCCUCCAGCACCUCCUCCAGCUUCGCUCUCCCCUUCCUGCCUCACUACGUCCACUUGCCUUUCCCAUAAACACCUCAUUCCUGCACUGCCUGCCUUGUUUUGCUGUCAGUUUUUUUUUUCUCUUAUGUCCCCCCCUCCCCACACUGUUUACCUGGAAGAGUUGCCUUGGACAACCACAGUCUAACCCUGCACGCCUCUGCUGGGAGAUGGGUUAAGAGUGAAGUGCGGUCAGGGGUCAGGGCAGUGGCUGCGACGUUCAGGGCUAAAGGGGAAGAGAGAGGAGGUGGGGGAGGUAGUGAGCUAGCUUACAGUCUGCUCUGAAUGAUAAUGUGUGAAAGAAAAGACAACAAGUGACCUCUUUGCCACCCCUUUACCCUUUAAUACUAUUUUAAUACGGUCCCUGGACAAGCAUUACAAUUCACAUAGCUUCUCUUUUUUUAACCUUUUUAUCGUGAUUUGUUGUUGGUUUUUUUGCAUUAUUUUAAAGUUAACUUACACUAUGACAUGGACCAUGUCACCGUUACACUCUAUCGGGACCUGCCGUUUAUUUGACUUUGUUUUACUUCACUUAAUGACGUUCCGUGAAGCCAGUCGGCUGCUUCUGUUGUGUUG